AUGACGGAGAGGUAUGCCUUGCGGCAACGGCCGAGUAGAUCAGAUCUGGCCGCUUCGAAGGGCAGUAUGAAUGGAUCGAACGGGCACUACAACAAGGGGCCGUUGUCAACUACAUCACCGAGCCGUUCUCUGGGCAAACAACAAAGCGCAGCAAAGUCAUCGGCAAGCAAAGUCGACGAUGAAGACUUUGAGACAGCCUCGUACUCGCAUUCUCAUUCGCACUCCCAUUCGCAACAUGCGGAAGAGGAAGCCGCUGCCCUCUACUCGGCUUUGUCUGGUUCGGCAGACCCUGGAAGCCGCAUCACUCUGAUCGGCAUGCUAGGCAAUAUUACUCUUGUUGCUGCAAAAGGGAUGGGCGGCCUAGCCCUCAACAGCAAUGCCCUCCUCGCCGACGCAGGGCACUCUGCAUCCGAUCUGCUCUGUGACUUUGCAGUGCUCUUUUGUUGGCGGCUGUCUCGAUCAUCGUCUAGCAAGCCGAAUAAGUGGUCAGUCGUCAAAUACGAGACGGUCGGCUCGCUCCUCGUUGCGCUUUUACUUCUCAGUGGGGGCAUCGGAAUCGCGGUGCAUUCUUACUCUAGUUUCGACUCUGACGCGGCGACCGUGCUUACCGAGCCUGUCAGGGCGACAACCUCGAUGGCUUCACGUGUGAUUGGCAAGCUCCUCCAUACGCACAAUCAUGGUCAUGGCCACCGCUCUCAUGCUCAUGCGCAUGUUCAGCCUGACGAUUAUAUGCACAUCGAGGCGUCGUCGAAGUUCGACAGUCUGGCAGCCACCGUGACGGCAACAGCCGCGAAAGCUGCCCAGACCAUCGCCAAGGCUGGCCAUGUCUGCACACAUCAUGAGCAAGCUCAAGACGACGCCACCGAUCCGAAGGCUGCUGCGUUUGCAGUCGGUAGCGUACUUGUCAAAGAGUGGCUAUAUCGUGCUACGCUCAAAAUAGCCAAAGAAGAAAAGUCAAACCUCCUGCUUGCCUCAGCGCAUCAUCAUCGCAGUGAUGCACUCAGCAGUCUCGUAGCUUUGGUCGCGAUCAUUGGGAGCAUCUUUGGCCUGACCUUCUUGGACUCUGUGGGCGGCCUCGUCGUCUCUGCAAUGAUCCUGCACCAGGGCUUGGCAUUGCUUAAGGCAGCAAUACUAGAACUGCUCGCUACAGGUAAGGUACGCUCAAAGAGAGAAUAG